AAGGUGAGACCAAAACAAACUGCUUGUUCGAAAUCGUGGUGGAAACAAAUUAAACGCCUUACUGGAAAGGAAAAAGACAGUGUUACAUUAGUAGAUCCGGGAACAGAACUUGAAUUGAAUAAUAAUCAAUCAGUCACUACCAUUAAUGAUUUCUUCGCGGAUCUUACUAAGGAUUAUCCCCGGAUAAACAAGGAAUGGACCGAUUUAGAAUGUCCGGAUAGUCUCCCAAGCAUCAGUGAGGAAGAUGUCCGAAAACAGCUUAUGAAAAUUAAUAUCAAUAAAGACCCGAGGCCAAAUGACCUGUUUCUUUUCUUGAAGGAAUUUGCAGAUGUAUUGGCAGUUCCACUGACAAAGAUUUUUAACGAUUCAUUUAGAGGAAAGUACUUCCAAAAAUAUAGAAACAAUAUAAAUUAA